CCACGGUUGAAGACAAGGAAGAAAAGUUAAAGGGGCAGAAGUUAAAAUACCUUAACUAUUGGGGAGCAAAUAUGGAAUUAUAACAUCUGCAUUUAAGUAAUUCUGCCAAAUCACAGUCCCAGGGAUCAAAAGAAAGCUAUCCAUUAAUUUCAAGAAGGGUUAAUCGAUGGCAAGCAACAAUGGAGGGGGUGAAGAGCAAUUGACGAAGAUGACGGAAUUGAGCAAAACCCUAAAAGAAGGUGAAAGGAUUCUAGCGCCCACCCGGAGACCCGAUGGAACCCUCCGCAAACCCAUUCGGAUUCGGGCCGGGUAUGUUCCCCAAGAGGAAGUCGCCAUUUACCAGUCCAAAGGUGCCCUGUGGAAAAAGGAGAUGGCGUCACAAGUAGGGCCUCCAGGUUAUGAUCCAGCGAUGGAUACAAAACCCAAAACCAAGUCAGCAAAGAGAAAUGAAAGAAAGAAGGAGAAACGGCUACAGUUGGCGAAGUAUUUGGAUAUAUUUGUCAGCCUUAUGGCCCAUUUCAAGCCUCCAUGGAUGGUCAUUCUUUUUGUGCAUCGUUCUUGCAACAUUGCAAAGGGACAGUAUAAUGGUAAGAACAUGGAAGCAGAGGCGGAUGAUGAGAUUGAAAAGGAGGAUGUGCCUGAGGAAGAUUCAGAUCAUGGAUCCGAAUCUGUUAAAUCAUUGACAUCUCAGAUGACUGAGCUUGCUGUUUCUCAAAAUCCUGUUCCAACCUCCCCUCCUUCAAACACAGUGCAGGCCUCAGAUGCUGAUGUACCAGUUCAAGAUCUUGAUAAAAAAAUUCGAGCACUCAAAAAGAAGAUUCGAUUAACAGAAGCUCAGCAGCAGAAAACUCCACAGCAAGAUAUGAAGCCAGAACAGCUAGAAAAGUUCGCAAAACUGGAAGGUUGGCGUCAGGAGCUAAAGCUUUUGGAGGAUAAAAAGGCUGAAUUGGCAGCGUUGUGAGUUGGGGUUUCUGUCUCUGUGAAGAAACUAUGUAGUUUCCAUUUACAAUUUGAUGGAGAUGCAAAAACUGCAUUGUGGAACAGAGGUGAAUCUAUUGAGAUUUUGUUCUAAAAACGGCGUGUGAAUUUGCAUUUGAUGCAUAUGACCAUGUUUAAUUAGUACCCGUUCCCCUGCCUUUGCACAUGAAUGAUAAUGCACAUCAAUGAUUUACAACUAAUACAAUGCCAAUUUCGCUUUAGUGGCUUUAUUAGCAUAAUUUGCUUAGCAUUCUCAUUAUGCCUCCAACGUUAUAGUGGCAAACCUGCAUCUGAACUAUUGGCUUGCAGUUGCAGAUUGCUUGGCUCAUUUGGAUUAGCAGUUAUUCAAACACCAUAUAACAUUUAUUAUUGAUCAUUUUCACCAUUGCCUGUGCAAUUGUUUUGAGCAAAAAAACAGUUACAAAGUCAUGGGAAUGACUACUGCUAGAGAUCUUUUUAUCGAAAAUUCGGAUAAUUCUGCACAAUUGGAGACUCCCAUGGCUGUAAAAGCAACAUAGCUGCAGGCCGAGAGCAAAAUUCCCAUGGUCUCCCUUUCACAGUGUGAUUGUGAGUAGUAAAUAAUGGUUGCUCAUACUCUGAUCAAAACUCUUUUACUCUGACGGUGAAGCUUACAUUAACCUUGCUUAUGAUGCCAAAUUCUGCAGUAUAAAUCACCUAUUAAUUUUUUUUUCUUCCAUUUUUUGAAUUGCAGAGUGUCCCGGUCAAAAUCUCAAAUCAAAAUCGAGAUCUCAUAUCGAUUGUUUAGUAAAGUAUGAUUGAAUAUUUAAAUGUUCAAUUUAUUAAACUAGAAGAAUGGCAUGUAUCUCACUUUAUUAUUA